UCUAUUCCCAUCUCGGUUCCGCAAGUUCUGAUUAACCGAGAAUCUCUCUCCAGUCACACCUUCGAUGUAGAACUCCUGGGAGAUUGUGAUGUCGUCCUUGAUGAGUUAUCCUCGCGCCUCGGUUGGCGAGUUCCCCUGGAUGGGUCCGUUCCUCUCGAGGAGACUAUUGUCCCCCCAGCUGCCAAACGAACCGAAGUGGAUCUCCGCGUUCCCCUGAAAGCCGCCGUUAUGAGCCGACACCCACAGGAGACUUCUGUUCCCACACAAGAGGACGAGGCGGAAGAGGAGAAGAAGAAGAAGGCAACAGAGGAGGAGGAAAAGAGCGUCGAAUCCAGCAAAACAACUAUAGAAACCCCCAGCGACCUUCAGUCGACAACUGUGGCUGAGUCCGCAAGCAGCGUUGAAGUACCAAAGGCAACGGCAGUAGAGCCUGCCGGACCGAACGAUGCCACGACGGUGACGACUACAAAGUCGGACGGGAAGGUGGGCUCGCAGCCUAGUGGCGAUAGCACGGGCACGGGCGGGGAGUCAAGUCCUAUUGACGUGGACAGGUUGGUGGAUUCAGACGAUUUCGAAACAGACUUCCACCUCGCCAAAUUUCUGCAAGGUUUGUUGUUUGCCUCUUUGCUGCCUUUGUUUACCUAG